AUGAAGAAGGGCAGUUUGAAAGUAGGCACUAGGAACUAUUAUAAACCUCAGGACCGGACUUCUGAUAGUAAUUUGGGUGGUAAUGGAAGCGCAAAGAAGCUACAAGCGAAGCGUAAGAAAGCUGUUAAGCAACAAUUUGUUUCUAAAAAGGAAUACAAACUUCCAAUUGGAGCUAAACUUAAACGAAACAGAGUCAUUAGUGAAAAAUAAUCAGAACAAUAUUGCUAAAGCCAGGGCAUCCUCGAACAAGAAUAAUGGUAGGAAAAGGUUGUUUAACCAUGUUCCGAGUGCAAGCAAUUUUGAUAAAAAUUCUCUGAGAGCUGCUUCUAAUCAGACGAAUUCUAGGGAAAAAUCUGCUUCAAGAAGAAUAAAAAUGACUUAUAAUCAAAAUGCCCUAGUUGGUGGUUGGGCAGGGAAUGCAGAUAUUAACUUAGCAACUUUGCAGAAUACCAGAAAUGUUGAUGCCAAAUUCACCAGAUCUAGAAUUCCUAGUAAAAUACCGAAGAUCAGUCGUCACUCAGAGGCCAAUACUGCAUAUUCAAGUAAGAACAAGAGGAGAGACGGAAACUCUAUGGAUAAGAAGCUCAUCCCAAUUCAGUAUGAGAGAUCGAAUACUCAAGGAAGACUGAAGCAGAACUUAUUUUCACCGAAGGAAAAGACCAUUAAACAAGGUAUUGACUCUGACCGUAGUUUCAACAGUAGUCUUGUUAAAGCAAAUAAUGAAAUCUCCAUUUUGAGAGAUGAACUUAAGAAGAAAAACUCUGAAUUAAUGAAAUUAAAAUAAAUUUCGAAAAUUUCCAGACAAAUGUAAAACACCGAUGUCCCAAGUUGAAGGGCAAAGCCCCAAGAAGGGAUUCACUGCAGGGCGGAAGAGAAGGACUCAUUCCAGGCUGACCACUGGGAAUAAGAGAAAUGUAAAUCUUGAUUCAGAAAGAUCAAAUUCUCAGUCAGAUGAUUAUUAUGAAACUGCAAAGGUGUCUUCACAAUCUUCAUAUAGUAACAGUAUUUAUUCAAAAGGGAUCACAAAGAUAAAGUCUAGUCAGAGCUGAAGAAAUAUUGAGCAGGAGAAUGUUGCUCCUUCUUUCCAUAAUCAUAACAAUCUGUGUGCUGUAAAAGAGAGCGAGGAGGAACAGAUGACUGAGACCUUUACUAAGUUGAACAAAAAGUUCUCCCAGCCUCAACAGAAGGAGAUAGGGAAGAAAAACACACCUAGGCAGAAUGCCAAGAUUGUAGACGGUGUAUCUAAAAGCAGCUCCAAAAAGCUACAAUAUGAAGGCUCACAAACAAGUUAUAAGUCUAAACAAAAUAGUAAAGGUGGAAGCUCAGCUCGAGGGAAUAACACCACCAAGGCAAAGAGGAAGUCUGAAGAUGGCUCUAAUCCACCCAAAAUGAAAAGAAAUAUAAACUUGCCUAGUAUAAAGAAGAAAGGGGAGAUCAAAUUUGACCAUAGCCUUGUAGGAUUUGCUACCAGGUCUUUGUCUAAGAAAGGCACUCUUACAAUUCAGAAGGCUAAAUUAAGCUCUUCUAAGGGUGGUGCUAAGAAUGAUAAUUUGAAUUCCUCACAGAAGAGUGGGCUUAUUAACGUCUCCAAAAAGUAUCAAUAUCGAGGAAAGAGAUUGAAUAUAGACGCUCAGAGUAUUGCAAGUUCUGGGAAGUCACAAAUGACAACUGAAUCUUUAAAGAAUCAUCAAAAUUUUCACACAAAGAGUGGGCCUAUUCAGACCCAAGAAAUUUUACAAACUAAGUCAAACAAUGAAAAUAAUUUAAAACAAGGAAGGAAGCUAAAAUUGAUGGAUUAUCGUCUAAAGGGGAUGACAUCUCCUUCAAAUACUGGGAAGGCACCUCCUUCUAUUGGAUUCAACACGAAUAAUGACUUCUCGUCAACUGUGCAGAAAUCGACCUCUCGAGUGCUGACCAGCAGGCAGGCAAGCUCCAGAGGAAGUCUGAAGCCGAUAGUGCAGUCAAAAUCAAAGAAAGGUCCAAAAUUGGCUAAAACUACUGUAAAAGUAGCAAAAUCAAAACCUUCAGAAAAGAAAGAAGAUAAGGAAAUAAUUCAGAAGAGGCUGGCACUCCUCAAUUUCGAUGAAGAAAAUGGUCAGAUUGAUAAUGAGAGAGAACUCAAGAAGAAAGAAGCUAAGGCUCAAUUAAACAUCAGUGAAAGCAUGGCAAAAUCUCAAGAAGGCCAAGAUGAGCUUGAUAAAAAGGAAGAAAGUACUAAAGAUAAUGUAAAAAAUAAGAUCUUGAGUAUCGACAGUAAACUCUCUGGGUCAAUGUUUAAAGAUAAUGCCAAAGAAGAGGAAGAUGAAGAUCAUGAGUAUAUGUUACUCCAACCUACACACUACAUGCUUGAGCAUCCUAUGUACCAAGAGACGAAACAAGAGGAGACUAAAGAGGUCGAGGAGCACAAAGAGGAUGAUUUAGUUCAUUGUUUCAUGGAUAAGAAAGACAGAAAGAAGAAAGAGCAUAAGUUAAACCUGAAGUUUGAAGCUGAGGACAUGUGUAAUCUCCAAGAUAGUCAUAGUUCUGUGGCUCUGAACAAAACUUUAGAGUUUAAACCAAUGAAGCCAGUCCAUGGGUCUCUGUAA